GAAAUCAUGCAGGCACAGCCGGAAGAGAGCCAGUCUGGCCCGGCCCUCCUUUUCCAACCAACUGCAGAAAGAGCACACAUAUAGUCAUUUCCGGGAAACGGGUGCUUGCUCUGUGUGUGCAACAUGGAGGCGACUGGUGUGACUGCUGAGCCGGUUUCCGGGGAACUGGUGUCUGUGGCACAUGCUCUUUCUCUCCCAGCUGAGUCUUAUGGCAACGAUCCUGAUAUUGAGAUGGCUUGGGCCAUGAAAGCAAUGCAGCAUGCUGAGGUCUACUACAAGCUCAUUUCAUCAGUUGACCCACAGUUCCUGAAACUCACCAAAGUGGAUGACCAAAUCUAUUCUGAGUUUCGAAAAAAUUUUGAGAAACUCAGGAUAGAUGUGUUGGACCCAGAAGAGCUCAAAUCAGAAUCAGCUAAAGAGAAGUGGAGGCCAUUUUGCUUGAAGUUUGACGGAAUUGUAGAAGACUUCAACUAUGGUACUUUGCUGCGACUGGAUUGUUCUCAGGGCUACACUGAGGAAAACACCAUCUUUGCCCCCAGGAUACAAUUUUUUGCCAUUGAAAUUGCUCGGAACCGGGAAGGCUAUAACAAAGCAGUUUACAUCAGUGUUCAUGACAAAGAAGUAGAGAAAGAAGGCAACCAUGGAAGAGAGAAAGCUGACAGUGGAAGAGCAGAAGAGAAAGGAGCCAAAAGAGAAGGAGAAAAAGUGAAAACCAACAAAGGAGAAGAAAAAGAGAAAGAAGCCAACAAAGAAAUCAACAAGAGUAGUGAAACAGCUAUGUAAGCUAGACAAGGAAUAGCUCCCUAGAAGCUGUGACUCAACUAAGUCUAUAGAUACCAUGAUACUGGCCGCACAGACUCCUGUGGUUAAAUAUAUGUCAUUGUGCAAUUGAAAGACACGCAGAAGGACAUCUUUCUAGCCUAAUAAUCAAGAGCUACUUUGGUUGUUCUCUUGUAUGAACUGGCUUAAAGACUAUAAGUGGGGUCUUAGUUGAUUGUUGCUUGGUAUAGUAUUUCUUGGUUCUCACCACUGGUCAAGUAAGAAAUUUUAUAAAUAAAUUUCUUUUGGUUCUUAUGACUAUAUCUGUGAUUGACUUUUAAAAGAUAUUUCAAAUUAUUUGACACUUCAGAUUUUUUUCAAGUAUAUAACCUCUUUAUCAUGUCAUAUAAAAUGAUGUAUGCCUGUUUUUAAAUGCUUAUCAUUGUUUCCUAUAGUGAAUGUUUCUCAAACCUGUUAAGUUGUAUAUGACUUUUUUUAAAGUUUACUUAUUUUGAGAGAGAGACAGAGACAGAGUGCUCACUUACAUGAGUGGGGGAGGGGCAGAGAGAGAGAGAGAGAGAGAGAAAGAGAACCCCAAGCAGGCUCCACUGUCAGUGUGGAGCCUAGUACGGGGCUUAAUCACAUGAACCAUAAGAUUAUGACCUGAGCAGAAAUCAAGAGCUAGACUCUUAACCUACUGAGCCACUCAGGUGCCCUGUUUAUGGUUUGGGGAUUAGAAGUUCGUAUAUAAGAGUUGACUCUAGGUAUUUGAGUAAGUAUAGCUUUCUUAUUUUCUUUGAUAUAUCUCACAAAAUAUUUGAUAAAUACUCUAUGGUGAUAAGAGCAGGGGCCUGAGCCUAACAGACUAGUGAAUGUGGCCCAGUUCACAUUAGAAGAGGACUGGACCUGCUUCAGUACCUGCUUCUCUUCUGGUACCCAAGUUGUUACCUGAAAGCUAGCUCAAAAUAAUAAUUAAUAUAAAGCCUGGUACAGUGACUUCCCUUUUAUAAUGCUAAGAACAAUAACAUACAUUUAUACACUAUAUAUAAAUGUAAAAAUGAACAUUUUUAAAUAUUUUGUCAGACUCAAAAAAUAGACCAGUUGAUUUUAUAUAGAUUGGGAAGGGGGUUUCUUCUCAUCUAAUGACUUUUAAGAGUGCAUGUCUCAGUUAUCUUUAUAUAUGUAUAAAGUUUGUGCAUGUCCCCAUAGACCUACUGACCUUGAUGCCAAAACUAUUUAGAGGAAGCCACAAUGUUUACAGUACAAAUAGUAAAUAAAUACUUUUAAAACUAA